CUCGGCGCGGGGGAUUACGCGUUGCUCAGAGAGUUGGGAAGAGGGCUGUGCGGGACCGUGUACCUCGCGCGCGAGAGGGCGACCGGGAACAUCGUCGCGUUCAAGGUGAUGCGGAAGUCGAAGCUCGUGGACGUCGGCGAGGCGAAGCACGCGAGCGAGGAGCGGCGGCUGCACGAGCGCGUCAGUCGCGGCCCGUUCAUCAACCGCCUCCUCGCGUCGUUUCAAGACGCGCACGCGUUGUUUCUCGUCCUAGAGUACGCGCCGUGCGGGGAUCUGUUUCAGGCUAUGAACUUCCACGGGCUGCCCUCGCGGAACGACGCGGUGAUAUUCACGAUCCAAGUCGCGACCGCGCUGGAGCACUUGCACGGCUUGGGGUACGUCUAUCGCGACUUGAAGCCGGAGAACAUCUUGCUGCACGGGCACGGCAGCGUGCAGCUCGCGGACUUCGGGAUGGCGAAAGCGCUUCGACCGGGCGAGCGAUCGUUCACCAUCUGCGGCACCGCGCAGUACAUGUCCCCGGAGGUGUUACUUCACCGCGGGUGUUACUUCGAAGCGGAUCUGUGGGCGGUCGGGAUCUUCAUCUACGAGCUCGUCACCGGCGACACGCCGUUUUCGUCCAUCAGCGGCUCGCGGCAGGACCUGUAUCGCCGGCUCAUGUCGCACGACCCGGACCACAUGGUUUUCCCCUCGAGCAUCGACAAGAAGACGUCGAGCGUCGUGAAGGGGUUACUCCAGAACGAAGAGCAUCGUCGCCUGGGCGCGUGCGGAAAGAUGACGGAGCUGUAUAAGCACCCCUGGUUCGACGCCGUGGACGUGUGCGCGGUGCAGCGCGGCUCGGCGACGCCGCGGCUGCAGCCG